ACCGCAGGCGGGCGCAUGAGGCCGCCCGCUCCGCCGCGGGACGCGGGGCUGGACGCGGGGCUGGAGGCGGCCCCGGCGCUGAGCGGCCGCGCUGCCGCCGCCAUGGGAGCGACCGGGCCCGGGCCCGGCCCCGGCCACGGCCCCGCGCUGCCCGAGCGGCUCCGCCUGCCCGUCUGCUUCCUGGGAGUCUUCGCCUGCUACUUCUACUACGGCAUCCUGCAGGAGAGCAUCACGCGGGGACGGUACGGGGAAGGCGCGAAACAGGAGAAGUUCAAGUACGCCCUGACCCUGGUGUUCAUCCAGUGCGUGAUCAACGCCGCCUUCGCCAAGCUCCUGAUCCAUUUUUUCGACGCUGUCAAGGCGGAUCGCACCCGGAGCUGGCUCUACGCCGCCUGCUCGCUCUCCUAUCUGGGCGCGAUGGUUUCCAGCAACUCGGCUCUGCAGUUCGUCAGCUACCCGACUCAGGUCCUAGGCAAAUCUUGUAAGCCCAUUCCAGUCAUGCUUUUAGGAGUGACUUUGCUGCGGAAGAAGUAUCCACCCGCCAAGUACCUCUGCGUCCUCUUGAUAGUUGCAGGCGUGGCCCUGUUCCUCUACAAACCGAAGAAGGGGGCCGGGAGCGACGAUCACGUCUUUGGUUACGGAGAACUCUUGCUGCUGCUGUCCUUGACCUUGGACGGGCUGACUGGUGUUUCUCAGGACCACAUGAGAGCUCACUACCAAACGGGUUCCAAUCAUAUGAUGCUGAACGUUAACCUCUGGUCCACGUUGUUCCUGGGGGCUGGGAUACUGUUCACUGGAGAGCUCUGGGAGUUCUUGAGUUUUACAGAACGCUACCCCAGCAUCAUUUACAACAUCCUACUGUUCGGCCUGACAAGUGCGCUGGGUCAGAGUUUUAUUUUCAUGACUGUGGUAUACUUCGGACCUCUGACUUGUUCCAUCAUCACCACAACCCGCAAAUUCUUCACCAUUUUAGCGUCCGUCAUUCUAUUUGCCAAUCCCAUCAGUACCAUGCAGUGGGUGGGGACAGUCCUCGUGUUCUUGGGCCUUGGACUCGAUGCCAAAUUUGGAAAGGGAGUAAAGAAGACAUCGCAUUGAGGAAAUAGUUGAUCUCUGCAGUUGGAAUGAACUUUUAAUUUAUUGUCUUGUACCUCAAAAUCUGUUAUGAAACUGGACUCAGGAUAGGUAAUCAGAAGGGGAGUGUUUGGAUUUUUUUUUUUGUUUUAGUUUUUUAUUUCUAAAUUGUCUUAAAAGUAUAAUACUUUAGUUUUAACUGUAAUUAAGCUUUUUUUUUUUUUUUUUCUUCUGUAAUCAAAGCUGCAGUACUAGAUCCUAGCAGCAGGAUUAAAUUCUUGCCUUAACAGGAGAAAAAACUUCAUAUCUUUAUUAAAGAGACAAUGGCCACUUUUCUAGAACUUUAAUUUCAGUAUUGUUGGCUGAUCUUGGGGAGAAAUGGCACACUUCUCUCCAAGGAGAGGGCUAGUCUUAGAAUUAUGUUAGUUCUUUGGCAUGGCCCAGAAAGAUCCCUGGAUUAAAGGCCUGUGUUGAAGACCACCCCCUCUUCUGAUUGCUUGUAUGGUUUUUCCAUAACUGAGUUGGUGGAGCAGCCAGUUGGAUGUUCUUCCAUUAAGGUAAUACAUGUAAACACCAAGAUGCGUUAUGGCCUUCAUCCGAGCUCUUCUAAACCAGGAGCAACUCUUGGCAUAUGUAUAAGUUUACAGGAAACCUUUUUAACCAGUGGGGCCCAAAUUAAUUCUUUUCAUCCCCCUUGCUGAUGAAGGCACAGGACCCUCUGCUGCUAAAACCAUGCCAAGGCUGUGUGACAGCGGCUUCUAAACGUUGAAAGAGCCCUUGCUAAUUAACCGCCACCACAGUGAGCCUUCGCACACCCGCCCCGAGCCCAGGCUAGCUCCCCAGUGCUGUACGGGGAGGAGUUAUUACCAUAAUGAUGCCUUUAGAGUUGGAGAGCAAAAUUCUCCAAAGAGCAAACUUUACACAUGAAAGCAUGUUUCUACCAGCUGUCGCUUGGUCUCCAUCUGUUCUGUGGCUUUGGCCUUUUGCCCCUCCAGAUGGGAUCUUGAUCUCUUUCCUGAGCGGCUGCUGUAAGUCUCUUUCUCUCCAUCCCCUGCUUCCCCCACCCCUCCAGUGAUUCUUACCACUUUUUUUUGGCCUCAAAUUUGGUUUUCAUUUAAUCUGUUUUAUUAUCCCGUAGUUCUACUCCAACAACACGUUUCUUGCAAAAUUAAACCCGAGGCUAUUAAAGGGUCUUUCUCACUCACCUUCACCUCUUUGCUGACUUACAUUGCCUUAAAGGUCAAGUGAUAAGUAGCAGACAAACAUUCUCAGUAGUAGAGAAUCUUGAAGCAAAAGCUUCUGACUUAACUCCAUGAAUACUGCCUGACAAACACCAUGUGCUGGCAUCUGCCACUGUAUGGAGAUUCUGGCCUCCUUUGAGACCGUUAGGCUUCCCAGUAUCUCUAAGGUAAUGAAUCCCAUUCCCAUUUUAUAAAAGGGAGCAGAGAAAUUGCACGACUUGUUCAUGAAUACUGUGGCAGAGAUAAGAAUUAUCGUUUGUGUGAUUUAACCAUAAAAGCAUCUUUUCUCUGUGUUUAUAGGACUUGCACUCCUCUCUCUCUUAGCACUAUCUUAAAUUUAACCGAUUCUCAAACUCAGCAACCAAAAUCUGCAAAAAGAUUCUAGGCAAGCUCUCAAUUCUAUUAGUUUUGCAGAUUUGUUUUCCCUUCUAUUAAACUAGUAAUCUAAUAUAGGAAUUGACCCAGCUCCCACAUCACUGUGCAAAUAUGGACACCUGAAAAACACAUUAUAAAUCACUCCCUCAACCAUCCGCUUCCUUGUGAUAAUCUUGGAAUUUCUGUUCAAACAUGUCACCUGUUCAGAAUAUCUGAGUCAUUGCUGUUACAAACCACUAUUCUGUUCUAGCAAAUGUGCUACAAAUCAAAGGGAAAUUGCUCCAUUUUGAUUCCACAGAAGCAGAAUUGCUUAUUAGCAAUAAUUUUGUACUGACUAAAGCUCUUGAGAAGGUAGAUGAUCAGAAAUUGAGGGAGUCAGAUAGCAGCAGCCUUUCUCCACUGUGCUGUCAGUCUGUUAUUGAUGAUCUUUUUAUUUACAGCAUCUCAAGCCAAAUUUCCCCUUCUGUGUAGAGACUGCUCUUCUGAGCUCUUCACCCCCUUUUACCCUGAGUCUAGGUGUAGCUCUAGGAGAGGCCAUGUCUUAAAAAAAAAAAAAAAAACCCAAACACAAAAACCACACCAAAAACCCCCCACCCAAAACAAACAAAAAAACCCACCCACCAAAACAACAAAAAGCCCAAACAUUUUGUUAAUUCUUUUCUUAACCAUUGAAAAGAGCCACCUAGUUUCAAGGGAACUCUUGCCCAAAGCCCCAGGUCUGUCCCUGUCCCCACACUGCUGCAGCCCCAGUGACCAGCAGAAAGAAUGAAGCUGGGACCUUCCUAGGGUCUAUUUUCUAAGCCAAGAUCUGUCUACCCGUAUCUUCAACUUGUCUGUAUUCAGAGCACAGAUUUAAAGAUCAGUCUGCCAAGAAGAAAGAAAAUAAAGGAGAUUUUUCUCUCUCCUGAUUGCUGCAGGCUCCCUUGACCCACUUUAACUCUAAAGCCUAUUCUGGUAUUGCUCCAGCUUGGUUCUUGCAGCACCUCUGACUCUUAGUCAAUAAGAAUUUCUUAAAACAAAGGCAGCUUUUGUACCUACCUUGGGUCUGAAUCCUUUGGAUUUCCUUGGACAGCUUGCUGUCUUCUCUUCAGACCUCACGUACUGCGAGAUCCCAGAGGAGGCUACAAAAGCAAUUCAAGAAGCUAUUUUCAAAUCAGCACUGGCUUUUCUUCUUGGACAGUUUUAACAACACUGCCACAAAACAGGUCCCCAGCACUGAGCUGCCAGGAGGAUUGCUGUAAUACCUCUCCCCAGUGACAGACUGGUUACCACAUUUUGAGAAGCCUGCCUGGUGGCCUUUGGUGUACGUUGCUGCUUGAGCUCAUCUGUCUCUAUGAAUAAAGACAGGUAAACUCCAAAGGAGCUGGGAUCCAAUAAAGUUUUCAUCCUCUCUGUUACUUUUUCCUAUUAGAAAUGGUAGCUGCUCUUCGAGGCACCGUUUGCAGAGGGAUAAUUAUGUUCAGUAGCUUUUGGCUUUGUUCUUGUCUGUGAUUUUUUUUUUUUAUAAACAGCGCAAGUGUCUUCAGAGGCAAUGCUUGAAUUUCUGGUGAGGUGUCAGGAAAGGCUUUCUGUCUUCAAGUAAGGAGAUUAGUAAUGUACAAAGUGUUGACAGAAAUUACUCUAGUUUAUCUAGAUACUGCAUAACAUCUAGGGUAUGGCCAUGCAAAGGAAUCUUUAACUACUGGCAAGUUAUAUUUUGCUUAUUCAAAGAAGGAACCGUUCUGAGGUACAUGCUCACCUGUAAGCAGUUUAGAGGUUUCAAGGGAUUAAAACACAGUGCCCAGGUUCUCCGCCAACAGUCUGGGCUUCACCAGUUCUACUAUGACUUGGUUUGUCUCUCUGCUUUUUUUCAGACAUUCUCGUUUAUUAGAAGGGUGCAAAUAUAGUUAAAUAAAAAAAGACUACCUUGUUCUUCUUAGUCCUGUGUGCUUGAUCUGUCUUUCUUUCCCUAGCCAUAAGGAAGCAAUAGUUUUGUGAUAAUGCCAUAUUUUCCAGAAUUAAGUUUUUGUAAAGUGUAAAACAUCACCCUUUGCAGCCAAGAUGGUAGGUGCUUUGAACACUCACUGUGUAAUAUUUUGAGUUUGGGUUGACUUGCCAAGGAGUUACUAAAGGGAAUGCUUGUGGUUUGCUCCUUCCUUUGCAGAUGUGACUGGCCUUUCUCUGAGUAGAAGAGGAAGAGAAAUCAGUUGAGUAGGUGAUUAGUUUAUUAAGUGCCUUAGACAAAGCCCUGCAAGUGCAAGACAUGAAGGUCAGACUGAGAAGUUAUGAGGAGAUUCCAUCUUCUAUUUUUUGUUGGCUCCAGAGUCUCAACCCUGAGUCCAUUUAUGACUCAGCAGUUACCAGCAGGGGGAACUCUUAUUUCAAUCAUUUUCAAGAAAUACAAGGAGAAAAACAACAAAAAAGCAGUUCCUGUUUAAUUACUGAUAUAACUGUACUUCUAGAGUCUUUGUGCUGAUAGUAAAAACAUAAUAUGGAAA